ACUCACGUACUCCGACUCGAAAGCUCGAAUCAUUUUUUCGUGAAGUAAAAAUUGCAGUAACUUAUUUAUUCAUAAUAUUUUUCGCCUUGCAAUUAAUUUACAUUCAAUUCGAAUGUAGUUUUUGUAAAAUCGUUGUUAUUUUUUGCCAUCAUCGUGUUAGUCAUGUAGUUUUUAAAGCACCGUUCGCCAGUAUGUGUCUAACGUACGAGUUAGUAAUUGUGUCAUAAACAUUCUAUCGUGACAAAGAACAGAUGGAAAACUUUCAAUUUAACGAUAAAUUCGCCUCGGAAAACAUUAUUUCUAUUCCUAAUCCGCAUCUGUUCCAAGACGAAUCCAAAAUGGAAGUUGUCAAAGCCUUUAAUAACGAAUUGGUUUCGCUGUACGAUAUAAAGCCGCCUAUAUCCAAAGCCAAGAUGACCGCUAUUACCAAAGCCGCUAUGAAAUCAGUCAAAUUCUAUAAACAUGUAGUACAUGGAGUCGAAAAAUUCAUCCUUAAAUGUCGGCCAGAUUAUAAAAUACCGGGAUUAUACGUAAUCGAUUCAAUUGUCAGACAAUCCAGGCAUCAGUUCGGCGUUGAAAAGGACGUAUUCGCCCCGAGAUUUUCUAAAAAUUUACUGCAAACGUUUAAAAAUAUUUGUACAUGUCCGGAAGAUGAUAAGCAAAAAUUAGUUCGCGUGAUUAAUUUAUGGCAAAAACACAAAGUAUUUCCGGACGACUUGUUGAAAAAAUUCCUCGUUAUGGCCGAAGCCGGAGAAGACGAAUUACCGACCUUAUAUAACGAAGAAAUCGAAGCUAUUCAAAAAUCAUCGAAGAAGUCACCCUCCUCGGGCAAAAAGAAGAAGAAAUCACCCGCGAAAACCGGACUCGAUGCGACUCUUCAGAACUCAUUCUAUUCAACUAACGCGAUGAACUCGACACCGCGAAUGGAUGGCUCGGCAAAUAAAAACUCGCUCGAUCCGAAUUUCAUUCAGUCUUUACAAACGUUAACCAACCUGCUUCAACAAUCGUCAGCUCCGACCAGCGCUUCUCCAGCCACCGGAAACGCGACACCUGGCAAUGAUCAAGUGAAAUUCGACCGCAAGCUUUUGGAUUAUGAUUAUGGAGAAGAAGAUGAAGACGGACCUUCAACGCAAUCGGCUCAUCAACCAGCUCAGUCGGCAGAUAAUUUAUCCAGCUUGUUAACGAAUCCCGAAAUAAUACGACAUAUUCAUAAUCUACAAGUUCAAUUGUCGAUGGCUCAGGUGCAAGCUAAACCGCAAGAUGCGCAGCUUCCUUCGAUCAUGGAACAUCAACGUAUGUUUCAAAACCAACAAAUGCAAGCUUUCAAUCAGGCGUUGAUGCAGCAACAACAGGCAUAUCUGCAAAAUUGCAACCCAGCGGAAUUCUACGCCAGUGGAAUGCAAAAUAUGGAUGCUAAUGCGGCCGCUAACGACGACGAUUUAGAUGAUAAACCCGAGAUUGUUAUGGAGAAAACCGCCACCGAACCGUUAGAAGUAAUCGAUUUAGAUCAUAUCGCCACGCCUCCAAGUGAUAAGUCUCGUGGUAGAUCAUAUUCUCGAUCAAGAUCCAGAUCUCGUUCUAGAACUCCUUCAAGAUCUCGUCGUGGGCGUAGAAGAACCAGGAGCAGAUCUUGGAAUCGUGACCGUAGUCGAGAUCGUGAAAGGAACGAAGAUAGACGUAGACGUGCGUUGCCUCCGAUCAAAAGAAAGCAUUUGGCUGUUUGCAGUACAACGUUAUGGGUCGGCCAUUUAUCAAAACUAGUUCAAGAACAAGAUUUAAGCGAUACGUUCGGCGAAUUCGGCGAUAUCGUCUCAAUUGACUUAAUUCCUCCGCGAGGGUGCGCUUUCCUAUGCAUGAAUCGACGACAAGAUGCUUACCGAGCCCUGCACAAAUUGAAGAAUACCAAAUUACACGGAAAAUCGAUAACGAUUGCUUGGGCGCCUGGAAAAGGUAUGAAAGGUCGAGAAUGGAAAGACUAUUGGGAAGUGGACUACGGCGUAUCGUAUAUUCCCUGGAAUAAGCUGACACCGGACACCGAUUACGAUUUACUCGAAGAAGGCGGUGUUUUGGAUCAAGAAACGAUGCCCGAAUGGUUAAAAACAUUGCUCGAAGAUAAACGCAAAGUACCGUACGGAGCGAAAUCCGGUCCCCAUCCUACAUCAGGUAGCCUUAUGCCUCCGAUACCGUUUCCGGGAACGGGUGCAGCUGCUGCGUCUUCUAAAGCGCUGUACACGCCGACCGGUACUGAUAUGGACGAGAGUAGCAACGAUGGCGACGAUAUGCAGCGGUCGCACUCUCGAGCUUCGAACGAUAUGAUCAUCGAGUCGCAGAACGGCGUACCGGAGCAGAUGAUACCGUUACCGGAUGGUCCUCAGCCGAUGGUAGCUCCUAAUCCUGAUAUACCUCCUCCAUUGGGUAUUCCGUUACCGCCUCAGACGCCGGGAUCGUUACCGCCGCCGCCGAAUUUGCUGAAUCCGUUCGGUUUACCGCCUAGAUUGUUGACCCCUAUGGGCGUUUUAGGCGGUAAUUUCCUGCCUCCUCUAGGUGUACCUCCUCCCGUUCCUGGGCUAUUGAUGUCGCCUCAGCAAAUGUUAAACAGAUUACCUCCGCCAUUUAAUACCGGACCUCCCGGUUUACCGAUGCUGAACCCAGGUCCGAAUCCAAACACGUCCUUGUCGCAGAUACCGCUGCCAGACAGUGCUUCGAAUUUGGUGAACGUGACUUCGGGCAUGCCACCGAAUACUGAUUUCAAACCACCGCCGUUCGGGCUUACUCCUCCUCUACUCUUCCCUGGUAAUCCGAAUUUCAAGAUCGAUUUGCCCGGUAAUCCGAAUAUGAAUAUGCCGACGCCGCCGAAUCCGAACGAUAUGAGUAGUGACACAUCUAGCGUCGAUAGUGCGAACCCGUUCGCGAACGCAUUCCCCAGCCUCAUGCAGUCAUUCGGCAAGAACCCGAUGGGCGGCCUACCUGGCAACACGAUCGAUAAAGACGACCGAGGCCCACCUGGCGGCGGCGGCGGUAUCGAUAAUUCAUCCAUCGAUACCGAUUAUCGAUUACACAGAGGAGGAGGCGGUGGCAGCGACGACAUCAGCAACAGCAAUAACUCUAGCCAAUUGAAUAACUCGUUCACCAGCGAGAACGGCGCCAACGAUUCGGAUAACAACAAGAGCCACCAUCAUCACCACCACGACAGAGAAGAUUUCCGUCACAGAGGCGGCGAUCGCUACGGCGGUGGCGAGUUUGGUCGAGGAGGCGAUCGAGAUCAUCGUCACUACGAUCGUAAUCCGAGAUUAUUCGAUAAAGAUCGCAGCGGCGGCGGCGGAGGCGUUGGCGACAAGUACCAUAACAGGGAUCGCCGAGGAGUAGACGGAAGAUCGCCGUAUAGAGAGAGUAAUUACGAUAUGAACGACCGAUACAACAAGUACGAUCGGUUAGGCGGUAUGGGCCCUGGCGGUGCCGGCGGUGGUCCUGGCGAAUUCAGACGUAAUCGAUACGAUAGCAGAGAUUUCAGCAGAGGAGGCAGAGAUUUCCCACCGCGUGGAGGCGGUAGACCUCCCAGAGAUAUGGGUCCGAUGAGGCCGCGUGGUAGAUCGCCCGAUCGAUAUAGAGAUAGAAGAGAUUACGGCGGUGGUGGCGGCGGCGGCGGCGGCAUGGAUAACGAUAAAAAUCGAAGAUUCGAGAAACGUGGCCGAAGCCGAGAUAAAACGCCUCCGGAGAAUACUCAUCAUAACGGUAAACGAAGCCGAUGGGGCGAUAAAGUCACCACCGAUCAGCCUUGGGCGUCUUCUAAACCGGCCGAAGACUGGAAUAAACCCGAAGAAGAUAAUUGGAAUAAACGAGAAGAGCCAAGUUGGGAUAAACCAGCUGGUGCGACGACGACGACAACGACUACGGCUCCGGCUGCGACUAAUAUGACCUCAAUGAAUCAGGACGCGUGGAAUAAUAAGAAUGACAAACAGCAGGAAGAAGAGAACUGGUGCAUGGAAGAGAGUUGGGAUGCGCAGAUAGACGAUUCAGAACCGAUGACAGAGUCGAUCCCGAUCCCAUCGAUGCCGGAACCGCCGCUCGCGCCCACGAUUUCCAUCGAACAAAAUUCACCCAUCGAGAGGAGCGACGACGCUUUCGAAGAAUGUCGACAAUCGGUUCCGGUCGACGACGUGCCCGAGCCCGAGUUCGAACACGAACCUGAGCCCGAGCCCGAGUUCGAACAUGAACCUGAGCCCGAGCCCGAGCCCGAGCCCGUACCCGAGCUACCUCUUCCUCGUGCUCCUCCUGCACAACGUAAAGAACAAAUAUUUUAUGACGACGACGACGAUGACGAUUUCAACGAACCACCCCCCUCCAGUAAACCAAACGUUUCGGUAACCGAACCCGAACCGGAACCAGUUAGGUUUGACGAAUCGAUUAAAAGCUGCGAGAUCGACUACCUGGGCGAAGAUCUGGCCGAUAGUUCGGCGGCGUCUCAAGACCGUCAAGAGACAUUCGCAGCGCAGAAAGAUCAAAGCGAAGAUAUGUUCUGUGAUGAUAGCGUCGUUGAUAACGAAACAGUAGCGGCGUCUGAAGCGGAACCGGCGUCUGCGAAGAACGAGCAGGGCGGCGUUUUGCAGAUGGCUGACGAUGUACGAAUACCGUUGCGGCGGCCCGGCCAACAGCAAACGUUGAAUUUGUACGAUGACGAAGCGAAUGACGCGAACGCCGCCGAUGCCCCUAACGCUGCCCUACCAUUAUUAGACACGAAUCGGUCGCCGGCUCCGGCUCUGGGUCCGGCUUCCUUGUUUCAAAAUAGCAUACAAUUAAGGUUUCGCGAACCUCGCAUCAUGUUUCAAAAUCGUGGUAUGCUAGGCCGUGCUGGUCCACCGCCUCAUUUCGGUGGUCCGCGGUUUGGUGGCGGGGGCGGGGGCGGUGGCGGCGCUGGCCCUGGCCAUUUUCCAAGACCACCUCCUUGGUUGCAGGGCCAUCGACCGCCGCCGCCGUUUUUUGCCGCUCCUCCUGCGCCCAGACACGUUAGACCAUUCAUGUCACCUAGGUCGAGUAGUUUUUGAACAUCCGCAGCAUCGUAAUAAUAAUAAUAAUAUUCGUAACGACCAUAUUUAGUCAGUUGAUCGUUCUUCUUUUUUCUCUAUUUUUUUUUCUUUUUUUGUUUUAUGGUGUAGUUUUCGUGUUUUCUUUAUCGUUUAUUUCUUUUUUUUUUCUCUCUCUCUCUCUCCCUCCCCCCUCUAUUCUUUUCAUUCUUCAUAUUUUCGUUGUUUAAAUAUUAUAUAUACACACCCACGAUUAUGUAUAAAAGUGUAUUGAUUAUUAUUAUAAACAUUUAUUGUUUUUAUGUAAAUAUUUAAUAUUUAUUUUGAAAAAAAAAAUGCAAAUAAAGUUUAGUUUUUUAAUA